GACUCCUCUCUCCUCAUUUCCGGUUUUGACGACGAACACUGGCGCACUUCCUGUCCGAGCCUCCACCCGCGAUGACGGACGCAUACAAACGUCGCGGCGCCACAAACUCGUCGCCUGAAAGAGGAGCGUCCCUCGGAACCCGAAAUGAGACUUUUAGCGACGAGUCGACGGUGUUUCGCAAGCUGCUGGCGGCCGCUUUUUACGGCCUUAGUUCCUUCCUCAUCGUGGUUGUCAACAAAAGUGUCCUCAGCAGCUACAGGUUCCCCUCGUCCGUGUGCCUGGGACUGGGCCAGAUGCUGGCCACUGUGGUGGUGCUGAGGACUGGCAAAAUGCUGGGAAUCAUCUCCUUUCCUGACAUGGACCUGACUAUUCCACGCAAGGUGUUUCCAGUGCCACUGCUCCAUGUGGGCAAUCAGAUGUCUGGACUGUUGGGAACACAACGUCUCAACUUACCUAUGUUCACAGUCCUGCGGAGGUUCAGCAUCUUGUUCACCAUGGUGUGUGAAGUCAUCUUGCUCAGGAAGUGGUACUCACGGUGCAUCCAGGUCAGCGUGGUGAUUAUGAUCCUGGGAGCUGGGAUUGCUGCCAGCACCGACCUGACCUUUGACACACAAGGAUACACCUUCAUCAUGAUCAACAACCUGCUGACUGCAGCCACUGGUGUUUAUGUCAAGAAGAAACUCAACUCACAGGACUUGAACACCUUUGGACUGCUGUACUACAACGCUGUCUUCAUGGUCCCGCCCACGCUGGUCUACUCCUGGUACACAGGAGACCUGGCCAAGGGUCUGGACUUCCCUGGAUGGUCUGACUGGAUGUUUGCUACACAGUUCUUCCUCUCGUGUGUCAUGGGGUUUGUGUUGAUGCUGUCUGUGAUGACGUGCACGCACCACAACUCUGCUCUCACCACCUCCAUCGUGGGCUGCGUCAAGAAUGUUCUGGUCACCUACGUGGGGAUGGUCCUGGGCGGGGACUACAUCUUCUCCUGGACUAACUUCCUUGGUUUGAACGUGAGCAUCGCAGGAAGUCUGCUGUAUUCUCACCUCACCUUCACACAGCAACACAGUAAGAAGAACAUUUGAUGAUGAUGAUGAAGAUG